GAGCAAUGAAAACAACAUGACAGUGAUGAUACACUCGUGUGGCACAUGUUGACAGCAUUUUGGACUGUGAACAUUCAGUAGACAAUUCGUGUGAUGACGGACGUAGUCAAUUGGUCCUGUGAGGACGUCGAAUAUUGGCUGCAGGCAAACAACUUCACACGCUACAGACAACUGUUGUGCGAAGAACACAAGAUCGAUGGUUUGGCGCUGUUGUCUCUCACAGAAGAUGACCUGAGACGGCCUCCCCUCAACAUCCCAGUACUGGGUGACGUCAAACGACUUGUCAUCAAGAUCAACAUUCUUCAUCAGGAAAACCAGGCUGAGCUCCGCAGUUUUGUACAUCUCAAUGGCUCAGUUGGUGACAACCGCAGCAACAUCUACACCCCUCCUCGUCUCAACAUCAGCAACAACAACAGUGACUGGGAAUAUGCCCAGAGUGCCAUGGGUAGUCCGAAUCUUCGAGGGAGAUGCUCCCAGAGCCUUGACCCUGAGAUCUGGAAGACUGUUCUGAGUUUUGUGUAUGUGUUUUCGGUGACUCUCUUGACAUCGUUUGUGAUGGUGGUAGUGCAUGACAGAGUCCCUGACAUGCAGAAGUUUCCACCUUUACCAGACUUCUUCCUGGAUAAUAUGCCGUACGUGUCAUGGGCGUUUGAAGCCUGCGAGUUGGUUGGAUUAACUCUGUCUUUGAUGUGGUGUUCAAUCCUGUUCUUCCACAAACACAGAUUCAUCUUGAUGAGGAGGAUGUUUUCAUUGGCUGGUACAAUCUUCCUACUGCGAUGUAUUACAAUGUUCAUCACCUCCCUGUCUGUACCUGGAACACACCUUCAAUGUAGUGGCAAGACUUACGGCAGCUUCUGGACAAAGCUGGAGAGGGCUUUUGAGAUCUGGAAGGGAUGUGGUAUGACCCUGCAGGGAGUCCGGACCUGCGGAGACUAUAUGUUCAGUGGACACACGGCCAUCAUAACUCUACUUAACUUUUUCAUCACUGAAUACACACCCCAACAGAAGGCCUACCUUCUUCACAUGUUGUCAUGGGUAUUGAACGUCUUCGGGAUAUUCUUCAUCUUGGCCGCCCAUGAGCACUACUCCAUCGACGUGUUCAUCUCCUUCUACCUCAGCUCCAGGCUGUUCAUGUACUACCACACCCUCGCCAACAACCGCUCCCUCAUGCAGCAGGACGCAGACCGCACCCGAGUCUGGUUCCCCAUGUUUGCAUUCUUUGAGUCCAAGUGCGACGGAGUGGUGCCCAACCAAUACGAGUGGCCAUUACCUAGUCCUUUCAGGGUCUUUCAGUAUUUUCAGAACAAAUUGAAAGUGUCUUGAUACUUUUCUCAAAAUUGCUAGAUGUUUACAAGAGAGGUUCUGUUAUCAACAAGAAAGAUAACAUUAAGAUUUAUAAAAGUUUCCAACAAAAGUAUAGUGUAUAUUAGUUGGGUUUAAUACUUAACUUUACUUUUUUAUACACCAGUCCAAGUAGACUUAUACAGAGACACAUCUGAAGUUUUUGGGGAAGGGGUAGUUUUACGUAUUUUUCCUAGCCAUGACAUAGUAAAUUAUUUUUAAAAGGUACCAAUUUCAAGACAGGUUUGUGAAACAUUCAUUCCAUGUCAAAUUUUGACACCGUUGCAAUCUUGAUAUUUAUUCUAAUUACUAACAGCUGGUCACAUGCGCUAUUUAUUCAUCCAUACAAAUGUAAUAAGAAAUUGUCAUGAAAAGUCAUUCCCAAGGAGUAAGAUUCUGUGUCAUAUCAUGUAAGAAAGUAAUGAUACGUCGACCAUAUCAUGACAUAUGCAUGGCAACACCCCUGUCUGCUAUCACACACUCAUCUUUGAUAGACUGCCUCCGUGGUGUAGUGGUUAGAGCGUCCGCUCGGAGAGUGGAAAGUCACGGGUUCGAUCCACGACCAUGUCAUACCAAAAGACG